UCGGGCUGUUGUCCUUUGGCAUCGACACAUCCGCAUCCGCAACGGCACCUUCGCGGAGCAUCCUCGACCUGGACAACGAAGGCAGCAGCGACGACGACGGCAGAGAGCCACCGCACGGACUUGCACGCAAUCUAUACCUCGGAGCAGCGAUACGCAUCCAAGCACUGAGUCUGAUCAUCCUCCUUUCGGGUCACCCGUCACAUCCAAUCCCACAAUGACGUUCCAAGAAUCGGCCACGCUAUACGAAACUCUCAAGAAGGAGUUUGGGGCUGCAAAACCCGACCUGGCCAAGUGCGGACAGAUCCUGGCCAAGCUGAAGAUCCAAUUGACCGGGCUGUCCUUCCUCAUUCCCGGACAGCAGCAGCCAAACGAGAAGGAAGUCCUCCUCGCACGCGAGGUCUUGGAGAUCGGCGCCCAGUGGAGUAUCAAGACCGGGAACAUCACCGCCUUUGAGCGAUACAUCUCGCAGCUGCAGACUUACUACCACGACCAUGGCCCCAAGCUUCCUCCGUCACAGCGACAGUACCCCCUGCUGGGUCUCAAUCUCCUCCGCCUGCUCUCGCAGGGUAAAAUCGCCGAGUUCCACACGGAGCUGGAGAUGAUCGACCCGAAGCAGCUCGAGAGCAACAUCUACAUCAAGCAUCCUCUCCAGAUCGAGCAGUGGCUGAUGGAAGGAUCGUACAACAAGGUGUGGCACUCUCGGGCUAACGUGCCCCACGAGGACUAUCUGUUCUUUGUCGACAUUCUCAUGGAGACCAUCAGAAAUGACAUUGCCAGCUGCAGCGAGAAGGCGUACACCAGCCUUCCGAUCAGCGAUGCUGCGACGCUGCUGUAUCUGAAAAACGAAAAGGAGGUCGUUGCGUUUGCCAAGGAGCACGGCUGGGUGAUCAACGAUAUGGAGAAGAAGAUCUAUUUCGAUGUCUCGGACAUCGACCACGGAGAGAUUCGCACACACAAAACCGCUCGACAGGUGCUCGGAUACGCCCGCGAGCUCGAACGCAUCGUCUGAGCAGACAGAUUGCACAGAUCAGCCAGCCUCUCCAAGCACGGCUGCUGCUGCAUGGCUGUGCGGCCGUCGCGCUGGAUCUGGCUUCGUCUGCACCGCAUGUGUCCUCG